AUGGUUGUUAUCCCUUUUUGUGGAUAUUUUGAAGUAUUCAAGAUGGAUUUCAUAGGUGUCAACUGCGAUGUGGGUACAGUAACCGUGUCAGAUGUGGUUCUUGUCCUUGUGAUAAUGGUUGGUGUCGUGGAAGACAAUACUCUUGUCCUUGAAGUAUCUGCAAUUGAAGUAGAAAAUUCUGUUGUCGUUGAUGUUGAUUCAGUUAAUGAAGACAAUUCCCUUGUUCUCGAAGUUUCCGCAAUCGAAGAAGGAGAUACCGAGGACGUUUCUGAUGACAAUGUAACAGUUGAAGAAACCACGACUGUAAUAGUCACAUCCGAUGAAGACAGCUCCGCUGAUCUCGAAGAAGCAGUCGAAGAAGACCUUGUUCUUGAAGUAUUUGCAAUCGACAUCGACGGCGACAGUGUUUCAGACGAAGAUAACGUGACCGUCGAAGAAGUCACAAUCGUAGGAGUGACCAUCGAAGAAGACAGCUCUGCUGAUCUCGAAGAAGCCGUGAUUGAAGACGAAGAACUAGGAGUCUCGGACGAUAACGUGACAGUCGAAGAAGACCUUGUUCUUGAAGUAUUUGCAAUCGACAUCGAUGACAGCAGUGUUUCAGACGACGAUAAUGUGACAGUUGAAGAUAUCGUAAUCGUAAUAGUCACAUCAGACGAAGAAGACGCUACUGACCUUGAAGAAGGUCUGAUUGAAGACGACGAAACACUUGGGGUCUCAGACGACAAUGUGACGGUCGAGGAAGUCACAAUCGUAGACGUCACGAUCGAAGAAGGCACAGUCGAAGAAGACAGUUCCGCUGACCUUGAAGAAGGUCUGAUUGAAGACGACGAAACACUUGGGGUCUCAGACGAUAACGUGACAGUCGAGGAAGUCAUAAUCGUGGAAGUCACAAUCGAAGAAGACAGUUCCGCUGACCUUGAAGAAGGUUUGAUUGAGGUCGAUGAAACACUUGGAGUCUCAGAUGAGGAAGAAGGCACAGUCCAAGAAGAUACAGUAGAUGACCACGUCUCCGAGGAAGAAGGCACAGUCCAAGAAGAUGCAAUAGAUGACCAACUCUCCGACGAAGAAGGAACAGUCCAAGAAGACAGUUCCGCUGACCUUGAAGAAGGUCUGAUUGAAGACGACGAAACACUUGGAGUCUCAGACGAUAACGUGACAGUCGAGGAAAUCACAAUCGUAGAGGUCACGAUCGAAGAAGACGCUAUCGAAGAGGGCACAGACGAUGUAGUACAUGGAGUCUCCGUCGAAGAAGGCACAGACCAAGACGAAACAGUAGAUGACCAAGUUUCAGACGAAAAAGGCACAGACGAAGAUCUUCCUGCAACGGAGCUUUCGCUUGAAGUGGUACAUGGAGUCUCCGACGAAGAAGGCACAGUCCAUGAAGACACAGUAGAUGACCAACUCUCCGACGAAGAUUUUCCAGCCAAGGAGCUUUCGCUAGAAGUGGUGCAUGGAGUCUCCGACGAAGAAGGCACAGUCCAAGAAGAUACAGACGAAGAUCUUCCUGCAACGGAGCUUUCGCUUGAAGUGGUACAUGGAGUCUCCGACGAAGAAGGCACAGUCCAUGAAGACACAGUAGAUGACCAAGUCUCAGACGAAGAUGACACAGUCCAAGAAGAUACAGUCGAUGACCAACUCUCAGACGAAGAAGGCACAGACGAAGAUCUUCCAGCAACGGAGCUCUCGCUUGAAGUGGUACAUGAAGUUUCUGAUGAUGAAGACACAGUCCAAGAAGAUACAACAGAUGACCAACUCUCCGACGGAAGAAGGCACAGUCCAAGAAGAUACAGAUGA